UUAUACCAGAAAAGUAUUGCUGCGCAAACAAUUAAUAUCGCUGCGAUGUUCAAAUUCGAAAGCAAUCAGUUCGUUGUUACCGUGUACAGUUAAUACUUAUAUAUGAAUACAAGGAAAUUGAGCUGAACGCGUUCGGUUCUUUGUUUCUUUUUUGUUACUUGGUAGUUUUUGGGUCGGAGACUUUGUCUUCUUUUUUUCGAUUUGGAGUUUUGCUUCGGAUAAUUUCACACUUACCGCUAAUUUUUCGGUUCGCUGGGUGUAAAAGUGCGCCACCGAAGUUUAGAGACAGACAUUUUCAGUUUAGAUCUCGCACGAUAUGUACCUUAUACUUCUUAUUUUAUCUUAUUUAUCAUUGACGUUUUCCUCAGACGUAUCGAUAGAAGGUGUUUGCGACUCAAUUUCCUGCAAUGAUAAACCUAGAGAACUAAAUUUAUACAAAUCAAAUGAUGAAGUUCUAGUCUACACAGUAGCUACUGAAGAAACUGACGGUUUUCAGAGGUAUCUACAAACUGCAAGACAAUAUGGAAUAUUACCAACGGUAUUGGGAAUGGGUGAAGAAUGGAAAGGCGGGGAAAACAUAAGACAACAAGCCGGUGGUGGCUGGAAAGUAAACUUAUUUAGGGACGCCUUGAAGAAACAGACAACCGAAGAUGAUCAAGAUAAGAUUGUGUUAUUCACAGAUGGAUACGACGUGAUCUUCCUGUCAAAAAUGCAACAAAUUUUGGAUGCUUUUAAAAAGACUGAAGCCAGGAUUUUGUUCGGCGCGGAAUCUGCGUGCUGGCCGGACCAAUCUUUGGCGAAAGAUUACCCCCAAGUGACACACGGAAAACCUUAUUUGAAUUCCGGACUUUACAUGGGAUACAUUAGUGAUAUUUUACAAUUACUCGAGCGCGAAACAAUCGAAGAUGCUCAGGAUGAUCAAUUAUUCUUCACGAAAGCAUACCUUGAUGAAACGUUCAGGAACAAACAUAAAUUCAAGUUGGAUCAUAACAGCGAGAUCUUCCAAAAUUUGAACGGAGCCACAAGUGAAAUUGAAAUAUACCCUGAUGAAGGAAAAGAAAGUACAAAUUUUAUUGUUAAGAAUUUCUUGACACAGACUCAGCCAUUGAUUUUGCAUGGAAAUGGACCAUCGAAAAUAGCGUUGAACGCGUUGGCAAAUUACGCAGCUCAAGCUUGGACACCGCAGGAAGGAUGUCUUCAUUGUAAAGAUGGACACAUGGACUUCGAGGAUACUGCAGAUCAUAAAAUGCCCAUUGUCUAUCUUGCUGUAUUCGUUGAACAGGCCACUCCGUUUUUGACUGAGCAAUUGCAAAAAAUUAACAGCUUGCAUUAUCCUAAGAAGAGGAUGCAUAUUUUCAUCCACAAUAAUUUAAAAUAUCAUCAGGAUUUAAUAAAGCAAUUCAUCGAUUUCCACAAGAACGACUAUUUGAGCAUCAAAGAAGUUAAAUCUGAAGAUGGAAUUAACGAGUGGGCAGCUAGAGAUUUGUCUUUGGAUCAAUGUUUAUUGAAAAACUGCGAUUUUUACUUUUCUAUAGACGGUAUUGCUCAUUUGGACAAUCCGCACACUUUAAGGCUUUUAAUUGAACAAAAUAGGACUAUAGUUGCCCCACUUUUGGUUCGACCUAAAAAGGCUUGGAGUAACUUUUGGGGAGCCCUGACCACCGACGGAUUCUAUGCUCGUUCAAAUGAUUACAUGGAUAUCGUCCACAAUACUAAAAGAGGAUUAUGGAAUGUACCAUUCAUUACAAACUGUUACUUGGUGAAUGCCACGCUUUUACGCAAAUACGAUCGCACGAAGAUACAUUAUUCCAGAGGAAAUCUUGACGCCGAUAUGGCCUUCUGUGCAAAUAUUCGCGAUUUAGAUAUUUUCAUGUAUGUUUCCAACCGAAUUGACUUCGGCCAUUUGAUCAAUCCAGAAUCAUUCGACACAACACUGGCUGUACCCGAUAUGUAUCAGAUUUUCGAUAACCAGCAAGAUUGGGAAGAACGUUAUAUUCACAAAGAAUACCCAGAAGCGUUUAACGUCGAGAAGAAACCUAAACAGCCAUGUCCAGAUGUAUAUUGGUUCCCAGUGGUAACCAGAAAAUUCUGCAAUGAUUUAAUUCAAAUGAUGGAAUCCUUUGGAAAAUGGUCAAGUGGCACUAAUGAUGAUAAUAGGCUGCAAGGCGGCUACGAGGCAGUUCCCACACGUGAUAUUCAUAUGAAUCAAGUAGGCUGGGAACCACACUGGUUGUACUUUUUGCAGCAGUACAUUCGCCCACUCCAAGAAUUAGUAUUUACUGGAUAUUUUCACGAUCCUCCGCGUUCCAUGAUGAAUUUUGUCGUUCGUUAUCGCCCUGAUGAACAACCUUCCUUAAGACCACACCACGACAGUUCGACGUACACAAUUAAUAUUGCCUUAAAUGAGAUAAACGUUGAUUACGAAGGUGGCGGCUGCAAAUUUUUAAGAUAUAAUUGCAGUGUUGUAGAUACUAAACCUGGAUGGGUUUUAAUUCAUCCAGGUAGACUAACUCAUUUCCAUGAAGGAUUACUAGUUACUAAAGGAACUAGAUAUAUUAUGAUUUCUUUUGUCGACCCAUAAAUCUUAUUAAAUCUUAGAAAUGUUGUCCACUGAACACAAAUAUGGAAUUGAAAUUGUAUAUUCAAUAACUUUUAGUUUAAUCAUUUUUACGUCUUAUUUUCAAUGA